UUGAAUCACAUGUACAUCACGUGGUUCAGCUGCGGCCCUGUCACUGGUCGGUUUCGUGUCUCCGGGAGGACCGGAGCAGGAGCCAGGAGCAGAGGACAGAGCCAGGCAGGCAGCGGAGGAGAGAAGCGAGCAGCCUGCGGGGAACACGGGCAUAAUCACAACACAGGCGAGUUCUCCAUGGGAUCCCUGAGGCAGGUGAGAAGGCACUCUGUUGACGUGAUGACGUUGCUGGGAGAAGCUCACAGCUGAUGGAGAGGAGUCCCCGCUCCUCCUCCUCCACUGUGUCGCCUUGGUGUGGACAGGACGCAUCACACACGAGUCACUGAACUGGGCAAAUAUGUGGCUACAUUCUACUGGAAGCACUGGGCACGUUUUGGAGUAAAUUAAGUACUGGAUUUGUUUUCAUGUGGAUGGUUAUUUUUUUAUAUACCAACAUGAGUAAGCAAUCUGCCACAGCCUAUUGGUAACACAUCUGUGGCCUUGUAUUUGAGACAGCAUCAAUCUAAUAUCUAUUUUGGAUCACAAUGACUUGAGUGCCUUUUAUUCUUGACUUGACUUUUUUCUCUAAAACCUUUUUUGUCUAAAACCUCCUCAAAUUGCUGCAAAUCACCACUGUAAACAACAGAAUAUACUUGUACUAUGCACAGUUAUUUCAGCCCAGAUACUGAAGCAGUAACCUCAGUUGAAGAGAGGCUCUCCUAAUCUCAGAUUGCCACAAAACCGCAAGCGAACAGCGUGUUUUUUAUCGGCGGGGGAACCAGAGAGCUGCAGGGAUGUUCGCUGCUGUGGAGCAUGGUCCAGUCCUGUGCAGCGACUCCAACAUCCUGUGUCUGUCCUGGAAAGGUCGAGUGCCCAAGAGCGAGAAGGAGAAGCCCGUGUGCAGAAAGCGUUACUAUGAGGAGGGCUGGUUGGCCACAGGGAAUGGCAGAGGAGUGGUGGGCGUCACGUUCACUUCCAGCCACUGCAGACGGGACCGGCCCACGCCACAGAGGGUCAAUUUCAACCUCCGAGGCCAUAACAGUGAGGUGGUACUGGUGAGGUGGAAUGAGCCCUUCCAGAAGUUGGCCACCUGUGACACUGAUGGAGGUAUCUUUGUUUGGAUCCAAUAUGAGGGACGCUGGUCGGUCGAGCUGGUUAAUGAUCGUGGAGCCCAGGUGAGCGAUUUCACAUGGUCUCAUGAUGGAACCCAGGCUCUCAUCUCAUACCGUGAUGGCUUUGUCCUAGUGGGCUCAGUGAGUGGACAGAGACACUGGUCCUCAGAGAUCAACUUAGAAAGCCAGAUCACCUGUGGUAUCUGGACACCCGAUGACCAGCAGGUGCUGUUUGGUACAGCUGAUGGGCAGGUGAUAGUAAUGGACUGUCAUGGGCGGAUGCUGGCACAUAUUCUGCUGCAUGAGUCGGAUGGCAUAGUCAGCAUGUCCUGGAACUACCCCAGCUUCCUGGUGGGGGACAGCAGUGAGAGCGACACAGACUCGGAUGACUACUCUCCUCCACAAGUUCACAGCCACAAGCCUCUGCUCACAGUCGGCUUCAGCUCUGGAGACAUCAGCUUGAUGAACAACUAUGAUGACCUCUCUCCUACCCUUAUUCACACUGGUUUGAAAGAUGUGGUGGUCCAGUGGUGCUCCCAGGGGGACCUGCUGGCAGUGGCAGGUAUGGAAAGAACAGCUAUGCCCCCUGACUCUUGCCCAGCUGCCAUAAAAAACGCUGUGGUUAAGUUUUACAAUGUUCGAGGUGACCAUAUCUACACACUGGACACACCUGCUCAGCGCCCUAUCACUACAUUGUGCUGGGGACACAAAGACUCCCGCCUCUUCCUGGCAUGUGGCCCUGCUCUCUAUGUUGUACGAGUAGAACACCGGGUGGCCAGCCUGCAGCUUCUUUGCCAGCAAGGGAUCGCCUCAGCAGUCAAGGAAGAAAAGGAUGUAGCCAAACUCACUAUGCCCUCUCGUCUCUGUUCAUAUGUCACCACCGCUUUCGUCCCUACCAUAAAGCCUCCCAUCCCAGAUCCUAAUAACAUGCGGGAUUUUGUGAGCUACCCAACGUCUGGAAAUGAACGGCUGCACUGUACAAUGAAGCGUACGGAGGAUAAUCCUGAGGUGGGGGGACCCUGCUACACCCUGUACCUCGAAUACCUUGGUGGCCUGGUGCCAAUCCUCAAGGGUCGGCGAAUAAGUAAACUACGACCAGAGUUUGUCAUCAUGGACCCGAAAACAGAUGGAAAAACAGAUGAAAUAUAUGGCAACAGUCUAAUAUCUGCAAUGAUUGACAGCUGCAAUUGCUCCGACUCCAGUGAUAUUGAACUGAGUGAUGACUGGGUUGGCAAGAAAUCUCCAAAAAUAUCCAGGGGUAGUAAAUCCCCCAAACUACCUAGAGACUUAGUUUGUCCCUUUACCAACAGAAUCAACAUAGAUCCCAGAAAAUCGCCCAAACUCUCUCGUACUACACAGGAAAUCUCCAGGUCUCCACGGUUACCAAUACGAAAACCUUCAAUUGGGUCACCUAGUUUAACACGCAGAGAGUUUCCUCUUGAUGACAUUGUGCAGCAAAACUACCUUGCUCAGGUCACGUCAAAUAUCUGGGGAACAAAAUUCAAAAUUGUGGGGUUAGCUGCAUUUUUGCCAACUAACCUUGGUGCAGUUAUCUACAAAACAAGCCUUCUUCAUUUGCAGCCCAGGCAAAUGACGAUCUACCUUCCUGAGGUGCGGAAGAUUUCCAUAGACUACAUCAAUCUUCCCGUUUUCAGUCCAAAUGUCUUCAGUGAGGAUGAGGACGACCUACCCGUUACAGGCCCCACUGGUGGGGCCGAUGAUAACCCUCCUUGUACUGUUAACAUCCCUAUUGCCCCGAUUCAUAGUCCUGCUCAGGCCAUGUCCCCUGCUCAAAGCAUUGGUCUCGUCCAGUCACUUCUUGCUAAUCAGAAUGUCCAGUUAGAUGUUCUCACCAAUCCAACUGUGAGCCCAGUGGGAGCUGCUGCUGGUGGGUCAGAACAAAGCCAGGACAAUAUGCUCACUGCCCAGUAUACAGUUCCCACCCGGUACUCAAACCCAGGUCAGGUGAUUUUUGGUGGACUGGACAUGAGCCGGCUCAUGGUAGGACCCCCUCUGUCUCACAGCUCACAGCAGUCACAGCCCAGUCAUCAGCAGCAGCUUCUGCAGCACCAGCAGCUGCAACAGAUGUUUCAACAGCAGCAGCUCCAACAACUGCAUCUUCAGCACAUGCACCAGAUCCAGCACCAGGCCCUUCCGCCACAGCAUCCGCCACAGCACCCACCUCAGCACCCACCUCAGCACCCACCAACGCACCAGGCUCUACCAUCGCAGCACCAUCAACUCCAGCCAUUCCAACAGCCUCUUCAAAUUCAGAUCCCUGUCCCAUCACCGCUGCCUGGACAGCUCCCUGGGUCAGCUGCCUCCCUGCUUCACCCAGGGGCAUUGCAUAUCCAAAUCCCUCAUUCUACAGCAGACCUAGCUGACCGUUCUGUAGGAAGUGAACAUGAACAUUUGUUGAAAAUUAAGACAACUCGUUCUGGUUCACAGUUGGCAGAGGGUGACACUCUGGUGUUUAGUGCUCCUCUAGAACUCAGUAAAAUGAACCCUCCACCACCCUAUCCUGGGAAUGCAGCUGUGGCUUCGACUGCUACCUCCAACACUGGACCUGGUCCCAGUGGGACGCCUCCCCCUGGGGAUCUGUGUCUCAAAAAGGGAGAGUUCCAACUAUAUCCUCCAAGCCAGCCUCCUGCUCAGUACCCCACACCUCUUGGCUAUGAGAGAAUCACAACAUUUGACAGUAGUGGGAAUGUGGAGGAGGUCUGUCGACCACGGACACGUCUUGUGUGUAACCAAAAUGUGUACGCACUGCAGGGCCCCGGCAGCUCAGCCACACUCAGGGUCACCUCUUCAUCCUCAUCUUCAUCUACAGCAGAGAGCAAAAAGCUCCAGAUGCCAUAUGUAUCUGCCACCCUCAACAGACUCACAGCACCUCGCUAUUCAAUACCUAGUGGAGACCCUCCACCUUACCCUGACUCCUCCAGUCAGAACAAUGUGGCUGGCCGAACCACUGGAUUAAGACUUGACAGCAAUGUAAUUCACGCCACUCUGAGGCGAAACAGCAGAGAGGCUACACUUAAGGUUUCCCAGAUGCUGGAACCACCAAGACCACUGCCACCUAAGACAAAAAACAGUAGUGCACUAGCAGCUUCUGUUCAGCAGAGGGUGCCAACAGCUUUGUACACCUGCAGUCAGUGUAGCAGUGGCUCCAGUGUUGGGGGUUCUACCUUGGGUAGUGCCAAUGGUAUAGCUGGAGGAACUAUCAUCAGGCAAGACUUUCCUCCUGGGACUGGGGCUCCACAUAGCACAGUGAUAGUUCACUCAAAUAGUGCUACACCUCUGUCGUCCCAGUCCUCGUACAGCCUGCUGAGCCCUCUUGAAGGCUCUGUGUCUACAGCAGGUGGCGCACGGACUGACAGUAGAGAUCGGGCGGACUAUGUGAACUCAGCUUUUUCUGAGGAUGAGACACUGAACCAGUCCCUGAGGCAUUUGGCUUUAGGAGGAAGUGAGGCCCCAGGCUUGGUUGUCAAACGCCCUCCUCCAUAUCACUGGGAUCCCACUGGCAAUGAGGAGGUGUGGGUUCCUCAGGAACGGACAGUAACUCUAAACCCUCCCGGCCCCACAGGCUCACACAAACCACCGCCGCUUAUCCUCAAUCCAGGUCAGCAUUUAGAUGUUUCUCGAAUGCCUUUUGUUCUCUCUCCAAAGUCCCCCACAAGCCCCAGCGCUGCUUCAUUUCAAGCUGCUGCAGCUGCUGCAGGUUACCAAAUCUCCCUGCAGUACCCUGCUACUGCCUACUCAGGCACCCCACUCCAAACCAUGCCCACAUCCCCACGACCCUGCUCCUCUCCAAAGGAGGUGGUAGCUCCAGUACCCUUCUCUCAACAGGAUGCCACACUUGUCCUGCCUCCAGGUUACUCUGCAAACCUAGCCAACCUGGCCUGCUGUCCUCUCCCUCCCAUGUAUCCAGGUGGAGGUGCUAUUAUUCCCCCUAUUGCGCUUCACACUCCGUGGGGAACUUACAAUCCAUGUCCUCCUAUGCCCAGUCCUGCGGUGCCACUUCCUCCCAAAGCCUCCCAUAUUAUAGCAGAGAAAACAGCCAUUUCACCUCCUCCACCUCCUCCUCCUCCACCCCCACCUCCACCCCCACCCACAGAGUUGCCAGAGCCCAUGGCAGAUUCUGGGGAGGGCUUUCAGGAGGUUUUGUCUUUAACGGAGAGCCCCGUGCCACAGCGCUCUGAGAAGAUUAGUAAAAAGAGCCGCAAAAGAGCAGAGGGCAGAGUGGAGGAGGGCAACAUGCCUCUGGCUGAAGGCAAUAAAUCCAAGAAAGAAGGAAGAGCUUUGGCUGAUUUUAACUCCCUCAUAUCGAGCCCAAGACUUGGAGGAAGAGACAAAAAGAAAUUGAAAGGCCCAAAGGAACAGUUAAAAGCUAAAAAACUGAGUAAAGCCACUGCCAAUAGUGAGUUUCAGGACAGUUCUGAGAGCGAGCCAGAGCUGUUCAUCAGUGGGGAUGAGCUCCUCAACCAGUGCCAAAGUGGUAAGAAAGGCUGGAAAAGUAAAAGAAACUUGCGGGCUGCAACAGAACUAGAUGAGAUCAAGUGUCGAAAGGCCAAUGAAAAGGAGGACCGAGGCUUUGGGAGCCAAGGCUUUGUGUAUGUUAUGGCCAACAAGCAGCCACUGUGGAAUGAGGCCACACAGGUUUACCAGCUAGACUUUGGAGGACGGGUUACUCAGGAGUCGGCCAAAAACUUUCAGAUUGAACUGGAAGGCAGACAGGUGAUGCAGUUUGGCCGCAUCGAUGGCAAUGCUUACAUCUUGGACUUUCAGUAUCCCUUCUCAGCAGUGCAAGCCUUUGCAGUGGCUUUGGCCAAUGUUACUCAACGCCUCAAAUAAUAUUAAUACUUACUUUGUGUUCUUUCAAGGAAUUAAUGACCUAAGGGCACAGUUGUUCCAUGUGACUUUAAUAGCUGUUGGAGAAUUCAGCCCUUGUUGUAGAAAGAUACAAUCAUGCUGCACUACUCAAAGCUGCCACUAGAGCUGACAUUUGCCAUUGUGGCUAUCUGUAGACCCUUGCAGCACAUGGAGGGUCAAAGAACUGAGCUUUGGUGAUGAUCAUGCAACAGAUGUUGCUUUAAGUAGAAGUAGUUUACAUAGAGAAAAACUGCCAGCCAGUCAUUUGUCUAAAAAGCAGCAAUGAUACUUGAAAACCAUCUUAUGGAGAUGCAAGCUGUUUCUUUCAGAGUGCACAUGUACCACUGUGCACUGAAAUCAAUUGCUGUAUAAACAUUCAAUGAAAAAAAAAUCAUCACUUAAGUAAUCACGCUGAUUUUGCUUUCACAAUUUCAUUACAUGACUAGAUCCGCUGGUGGGCUGCGGGGGUAAGCUGGUGCUCCCUGCCAUUCCUUUUGUCACUAUCUCAAGAUCUCUGAGCUGCUGCAGAGGUCAGGACAUAUGCAUAAUUUAGUACUGCUAUAUUCACACUUCUGUUUUUAUUUUGGGAAGGUGGCUAGAAUAUUGAAUAUUUCAGUUUAUUUUCCUCUGAUUUUGAAGGAAAUGAUCUUGCCAGAAAAUAUGUACAGUUGUUUACUCAUUUUAACAUUUUAACAUUAUUGUUUGUUAUUUGCAAUCUCCCACUCUAGCAAUGUCAUGUUUUAACUUCACCUACAUUUAUUUGGGAGACUAUUUUCUGAUGUUUCUGUGCGAUUCAGGAGUAUUCAGGUUGUAAAAGCUGCAGAAAGCUUUGACAUGUACAUCCUGUCCUGAGUAGUGCAUCAGCACAUGGUGAUGUGAGCACAAGUCGCCAUGGCCUGUUGUCAACAUAUUAACCUCUGAAGUUUUUGUCACCUGCUGUCACUUCUGUGAAGUGAUUGUGUAGUUGGGGGAUGUCCCUGCACUUGAAGCCCAAACAUUACAUGUAACAAGGUACAGGAAAAUAUUUUUCUAUAUUUUACCUAUGCCAUUUCAUACUGUUUCAGAAGUUAUGUAAAUACAUAUCAGUGAAUCAUAAAUGAGAUGUAGGUGACAACAGGCUGUUUACAACAUUCUCACUGUGUUUUAGUCUACUGUGUGGCAUUAAGCCUGGUAUAUUGUUUAACUGAUUUCAAAAAGAUUUACGAUGAAAUAAAUUUCACCAAAAAUUUAAACGCUGAUGAAGGUAAUACUAUUCAUGGUAAAUUCACGACACACUACCAAUAAACAGACCCAUUGUAACUUAGUAAAGUGCUGUAUGGUUGAGAUUAAUGUUUGUGCCAAAUUCAUUUACCAAGGCAAGAGAAAAAUACUGGUCCUACUAUGAAGAGUGAUACUUGAUGUUUAUAACUUAUGCUGCCAAUUAUAUUUUAAAAUCCUUUACUGUGGUCUUUCCAUAUAGCAUUCAAAUGCAUGUUUAAGAGUCUAUGGUUAAAGCAUAUCCACUGUAUUUUUAUUAAAAGAAAACAACCCUGAGCAUGUCAAGUACAUUUUAAGUUGUGCAAUAUUUAGUUGACCACAUCUGAUAUUUUUUUUAGUUCAACAUCCCAGUCAACGUUCUGUCCAUUUCUAUUUAUGUUUUUUUUUUUUUUUGUGCUGUUUUAAAACAUUGCUUUGUUGAUCCAACUUGGUCAUAAAAUACCCCAGAAUUUGAUGUAGCGUUGGGGUGAGGUCAGAAGAAGCAGAUUUGUCUUUUUUAAUGUUUUCAUUGAAUGGAAACUAUGUGAAUGAAUUAACUCAAUGUAAUGGUAAGAUAGUUGGAGUGUUUCUGUUGAGUAUGUCAAUAAUCAACAUUAGUGUUAACAUUCAUGACAUGAGUGUGUGGACAAGGCAGUUGCCACAGCCUUGUUGUUCUACAAUAAAACUAGCCAAGUUAAAGAAACUGGGCGCAGAAUUCCUCUGUACUUAAGAGUUUACUUCAUUUUGAUUUUCAGAGAUGGCCAGUUGUAGAUGUUGUAGACUUUGGCUUUUCCCCCUUUUCUUUGGAAAAGAUGUGCUUUGUACUUGUAGUUGUAGAUUUAAGGACAAAAAUACUAGGAAAAAAAUGAUCUGGUGACUGAAUGUUUAUGAGUAGUCAGGCAUGCCAUGUAAAUGAUUUUUUAAUUGUGUAUGUGACACAUCUUUUCAAUAAAAAGUCCUUGUCUCUAAUGAA